AUGAACGUGUUCAGGUUCAAGCCUCAAAUGAAUGUGAUUGAGCUGCAGGAUGACAUUAAUUUGAAGUAUGCAAUUCAACCAUCUAAAGGGAGAUUGUAUAGAGCCAAGGAGGAGGCACUUCGCAUGUUGAGGGGGACUGUAACUCAUCAUUAUGGAAUGUUGAGAUCUUACAUCAGUGAAUUGAUGAGAGUGGAUAGAGAGGGAAGAUAUGAGCUACUAACUGAGGACAGAAUCUUUAAGGCAUUAUAUAUAGGAUUUAGUGCUUUAAAGAAGGGGUUUAUGGAGGGUUGUAGAAGAAUAAUUGGGUUAGAUGGUUGUUUCUUGAAGACACAUCUAGGAGGGCAGCUUUUGUGUGCAAUUGCCAAGGAUGGGAACAAUCAAAUGUUUCCAAUUGCUUGGGCUGUGGUAGAAGUUGAAAAUGAAAGCUGUUGGAGAUGGUUUCUAAAGAUAUUGCUUGAAGAGUUGGGAAUUGAGGAUGGUCUAGGAGUUACUUUUAUUUCUGAUCAACAAAAGGGGUUGCAGAAUGCAGUAAAGGAGUUGGCACCAUUUGCUGAGCACAGAAAUUGUGCUCGGCAUGUGUAUUGCAACUGGAAGAAGCAAUUCAAGGGUGCGACAUUAAAGAAUAUCUUUUGGAGGGCAGUUAGAAGUACUUAUAGAGAUGAGUUUGAUGCAGCAGUUGAGGAGAUGAGGCAAGAAAAUCAAUCAGCAUAUGAUGACUUCAUGGAGAAAGAUCACCACAGAUUCUGCAAGGUAUUUGUAUCUACUCAUUGCAAUAGUGAUAUGGUGGAUAAUAAUGUGAGUGAGACAUUUAAUGGUUAUAUUGUAAAGGCAAGGGGAAAGCACAUUAUUAAUAUGUUAGAAGACAUACGAGUUGCAUUGAGAGAGAGACAAUACAAGAAUUUAGAGUCUGUUAAGAAUGUGAAAGUGGGGGACAAAUUGUGUCCGAACAUCAAGAAGAAACUAGAGAAAGCCAAAUAUGACUCUAGAUUAUGUCGUGCUCAUCCUGGACUAGGUGGUAAAUUUGAGGUCCAACAUUUUGAUGAUAGAUUCAUAGUGACAUUGGGGGAUAAGUCAUGCAGUUGUAGACUCUGGGAUAUCACUGGGAUUCCUUGUGUUCAUGCUUUGUCAGCUAUUAAUUUCAUGAAAGAAGAUUCAGAUGCUUAUGUUCAUGAAUGUUAUAGCAUUGAUAAGUAUUUGAGAGCAUAUAAUUAUGGGAUGGAACCCAUAAAUGGUGAGAAGAUGUGGCCUAAAGCUGUGGGAUUGCCAGUCAAGCCACCUGAGGUUCGAGUUAUGCCGGGAAGGCCAAAGAAAAAGAGGAAAAGGGAUAGAGAUGAGAUUGAAGGGAUGAAGCCACAAUGCAAGGAGUUGCAAGAAUGA